CCAAGGUCACACCGGCCGGGAGCGAGAAAGGUUGCGCCGGGCAAAGAGGGAGCGCGAGGCCGCGCCCGUCACGGCGCUAAAUUCUUACCACAGCCCCCUCCAAAAAAAAAAAAAUGCGCCCCCCGGUUCGGGAUGAGGAGACGCUAAGUGUGGGUUUAGCGUGGGGCGCAGCGCCACCCAAGGGUCUGGCGACCGUGCGUUCCCCCCACCCCGGAGGAGCAGUGCGGGCAGCGGCGCCUGGGGCCUCGCCGGCCCGACGGGUCUGAGGCUGGCUGGGUUCGUCGCUGCUCCCGGGCCGGACGCGCUCGCCGGGUGUCCACCCUCGCACGCACGCACGCAUCGGCGUGGGGGGCUCCUCUCUGGAAACCCGGGUUCUGGUUCCGAGCAGCGGGAUUGCAGAGAAGGGAGGUGGUGCUGACCACCCGGUCCAGGUGCCCGGCUCCGCGCCGGCUGCGUAGGAACCUCGGGGUGGGGCCCUGGCCGCCGUGUGUAAACAAGCCCGGCUGGUGGAUGCUGAGGGGAUUUGGGCUCCCCCUCCCCCCAGCCCCGCGUUGUUUGAGGCGGCACCAGGGGGCCCCAAAGGGCAGGUUCCCAAGAGCCUCCCGUGUCACAUCUCCGGUUCGGGGCAGCAGCCUUUCCACUGGGCCUGGUCCAGCUUCCCCGGCGUGGUGGGAGUGUCUUCAGUGUGGCCUUAAAAAGGGAGAGACUUCGACCACAAUGUCGACCAACCCGGAUAUUUCUAUUUCUUCGUAUGAUGAAGGUCAGGGAUCUAAACUUAUUCGCAAAGCUAAAGAGGCACCAUUUGUCCCCAUUGGCAUGGCGGGUUUUGCAGCGAUUGUUGCCUAUGGAUUGUACAAAUUGAAGAAUAGAGGAAAUACUAAAAUGUCGGUUCACCUGAUCCAUAUGCGUGUUGCUGCUCAAGGCUUUGUUGUUGGAGCAAUGACUCUUGGUAUGGGCUAUUCCAUGUAUCAGGAAUAUUGGGUAAAACGUAAACCUUAGAAGAAGAAAUGCUGUUUUGGUCUUGGUGGUAAUUGUUUUAGUUAGAUAUCUCAUAUUGAGGUUAUAUUUUUAUGGCAAAAGUAAAUUAUUUGAAUCAGACAGUAACAUAAUAAUUUGAAUAUUGGCUUCCUUUCUUGCAGGCUUGAUUUGCCUGUUGAUAAAAUUACUGGUGACAAGUUCAUUCAGGGGAGUCAGGUUAACACAAAAGAAAUGUGUCAUUCAAAUGCAUUUGAUGGUAAAAUGUACAUCUUCUUAAAUUUUUUUGUUGAAAUCAGUUCUAAAGACAGCAGUCCUAAUUUAGAAAUACUCCAGGUUGCUGCAGCCUAUCACAUGCUUUCUAUGAAAUAUAGGAGUCCUAUUAACCUUGGUUAUGUUACUUUUUCCUUCUUGAUUUAUGUACUCUUUGAAUACUUCAGUGUUAAGGACUGGCUGGCUCUUUAAGAACAAUGCAUGAAAAUGAAAACAUAUGUCUCCCCAUAAUUCAAAAUGUGUGUAUAUGUUAAACCAAACCUACAAAGCUAAUAACAGAACUGUUAAAUACUUAUUUCAAAAUCACACCUAUACUUGUUAAACAUGAGUGUAACAUUCUGCAGUUCAGUUGAAUUCUUUAUAAUUGCAGAAUUUUAUUUUUGCUGCUGUUACUAGAAUAAUUUUUAAAUAUUAUUUUGAAAUAAAAAAUAGGUAUUUUAAGAGCUAAAACAAAGGUAACUUGGUACUUCUUAAUGUGUGCAUUCUGUUUAUUUUCUCUGUAAUAAUUAUAAAUGUUAAACUACCUAAAAUAGAAAUGAUGAUUGAUGAGCAGGCUGGUUUGGUCAGACAUUUAGGCAGAUUUUGUUAUACAACAGAAUGUUUUACUGAACUUGUGAAAUUCUUUUCUAACCUCAUUUUACAUUCCAUGGUGAUACAUGGCAAAUGUAAUAUUAUUAAAGUGAACAUGUCAUAUCUUGCUUUUGUUUUUUAAUUGGGAAAAAAUAAUCCUCAGAAUGCCAUAAAAAUACAUUUUCAAAAAUGGAAAAAGAACAUUUUGUACCUUGGUACAAACUACAGUCAAAAACUAUCUACCUAGCCACCUUCUCUUGUCAGUUACUGUGUUCCACAUACACUGCGCAGUACCUCAUGUCACAUGUGAGCACCACAGCGACCCCUGGUGAGCUAUACAACUAGAAUGUGUGUGCAAGUCCCAGAGCUAAAGGAGUGUAAUCCACUGAGAAUCUGUGCAAGCACCACAACGAAAGCAUCCCUGUUGAACACAGUGCUUCAGGGGAUGGCAUUUUUUAUUUUCACCUAGUACUCUUAGUAUCUUUUGUUUUUCCUUUAGUGAAGCAAGAUAGUGUUUAAAAAUAAGUAUUUAAAGAUAUUUAGAGAAAUAAUGUGGCAAGAGAAAGAUAGGUAUUCAAGAGAGAAUAUGGGCUUCUCCAAAAGGGCAGAAGCCAAGAAUACAUAUCCAAGUUAAGAUACAGUCCAGGGUAGAGAAUGAGUAUUUUGGGUUUUAUUUGGUUUCAGUUUUUGUGCCAUGACUGAUCUGUCUGACUGCCAUUACACCUGAUUCCGCACAGGGGUCACUCCUGGUGAUGUUCAGGGGAUCAUAUAUAGUGCUGGCAAUAAAACCUGGGUUGGCUAUGUGCAAGGCAAACACCCUACCCUCUGUACUAUCACUCCAGCCUUAAUAUGGUAUGUUUUUGGAAUAUUUGUAUAUGAUUCCUCUCAGACUUUUCUUCCCAUUAGACUUCUCUUUCCCAUUAGUCUUGAGGGUAUGUUCUUUUUCAUUCAUGGUUCCUGGCACUGAUACCUGGAUCAUGAGUGUUCAAUAUUAAGAACAUCAGAAUAAGUUGGUAUAUAUAUAUAUAUAUAUAUAUAUAUAUAUAUAUAUAUAUAGGGUCAUACCUGGCGAUGCUCAGGGGUUACUCCUGGCUCUGCACUCAGGAAUUACUCCUGACAGUGCUCGGGGGACCAUAUGGGAUGCCUGGAAACGAACCCGGGUCGGCCGCAUGCAAGGCAAAUGCCCUACCCUCUGUGCUAUCGCUCCAGCCCCAGGUUGGUUUAUAUUUUAUAUGUGUAAACAUAUGGUCCAAAGUUACUAUUUCUAGUUUUUGAGCAAGAGUGACAUCUGGUGGUGAGAGCUAGAAUUUGACUUCGCACUGCUAGAAUUUCCUCAGAAGUACAGUCCAUUGCGACAGGGACAUCUGGUGGUUAAGGCUAGAAUUUGACUUCAGACUUGGUAGAAUUCCCUCAGAAGUAGAGUCGUUUGUAUCAGCCAGAAUUUUAGUUUUGAGAUUAGUUUUAAUUUACUAUUGCAUUUGUUUUUGGGCCACGCCCAGUGGUUUUCGGUGGUAUUUGGGGAACCACAUAUAUUGUGCCAGGGACUCAACCAGGCUUUGUAAAAGACAAGUGUCUUACUCAAAGUGCUGUCUUCUCUCCCUGGCCCCUAAACCAGACUUCUUGAAUUUUUUUUUCUCCCUUAACCCUUUUUUUGCCCAAGAGAUGAAGAACAGGAAUGUGCUACCAGAUACACUUUGGAUUCAUUAUAGUUUAUUAUUUAUUUAUUUUGCUUUGCUCUUUUGGGUCACACCCAGCAAUGCUCAGGGCUACUCCUGACUCUGCAUUCAGAAAUUACUCCUGUGCUUGGGGGACCAUAUGGGAUGCUGGAGAUCAAACCUGGGUCGGCUGCAUGCAAGGCAAACACCGUACCCACUGUACUAUCAUCCUGGCCCCUAUAGUUGAUUUUUAAUAACUUUUUGGUCCUUGCAUGCUCAGAAAUCUUUCAGUGUUGCAGAGUUUUUUACACUUGUCACAUUCAGUUAUGUGAUCCCAUAUAGGGUCAAGCCCAGUGUUUGAGAAACUAGAUUAGACUUCCUCACAGAUGAGGAAAUAUUGCUGAGACAGUUUAAGAAACUGGAAAUUUCCAUGAAGAACAUAUAAAUCUAUACUCUUAUCCCAGCAUCUAGUAGAAUGAGGAAGAAAGCUGAAUUCACAAGAGGAAUUUUUAAAGUUACUCUAAUUCACUUAGUGGAAUCUGUUACACAGUGUGUGUAAGCUCUUAAGAUGGAGUGGGGAAGUGAGAAAGGAAACCAGGUGUGCCCCAGGACUGACUGGAUUGCCAUUUUCUCAGAAUGGUUUACCUGAUAUAAAGUGGUAGAAGAACAAGUAUUUCUCAUGCUCCUGGCCUUUAUUAUUAGAGGUUAUUUUCACCUUAGCCACUGAAAUGAGGUAAAAGAAAUAAUUUGUCUUCAGCAUGACAGAGGUUGGAUGUUUACCUCUAAGUUUCAGUAAUGGGGAAUGAUUCUAAAGUGGAGGCCAACGCCUAAUCAUUGGUCCCAUUGAGGAACUGAGAACAGGUCCUCUAAGUUUGGUCUUUUUUUUUUUUUUUUUUUUAAUUUUGUUUUUUGGGUCACACCCAGCAAUGCUCAGGGGUUAUUCCUGGCUCUGCACUCAGGAGUUACUCCUGGUAGUGCUUGGGGGACUAUAUGGGAUGCUGGGAAUUGAACCUGUGUCGGCCACGUGCAAAGCAGGCAUCCUACCCACUGUGCUAUCGCUCUAGCUCCUUUUUCUUUUUUUUCCCCCAAUGUAAUUUUAAUUUUGGGGCUACACCCAUUUAUGCUCUUGGCAUAAGCUCCUGGGACUGCGCUCAGGGAUCCCUCCUCGUGGAAGUCAGAGGAUCAUAUGGGGUGCUGGGGAUUGCAUACAAGUCAGCCGUAUGCAAGGCAAGUUUCCCGCCCACUGUACUAUCUCUCUGGCCCCAGAAUCCUGUUUUUAAACCUAAAUCCUUCACUUCCCUUGCAUGCAAUUUAGCUCCCACAGUAUCACUUUGGAGUAUGUGGACCAAAUACCAAAGCCUUUUGCUCACCACUGCCCCAACACCUUCAUGCUCUACUCCUUUCUGAAUGUUCCCUUGCCCAUAGUCAGUGAAGAGCACAUCUUAAAGACCCAACCCAAAAUCUACUUUUGGAAAGAAAAAAAAACUAGGUUACCACAAAUCUGUCAUUUUUUCCAAAUCUUGCCCUAGUGUGAAAUUUUAAUGCAUGCUCUAUUGUACUUUGUGCAGUGCUUUGUUGUAUAGAAGGUGCUGUAAAACUUUUCCAGACUGUUUAACUGAACAAAUUAGAGAAGAAACUCUACUAUAUAUGUACACCUUCUUGCAUAUAUACAGUAGAGUUUUAAGUAAGAAAAGGGGGAGGAGGAGUGUUGAAAAUAGAGUUGGAGACACACUGGGUAAAGAUUUCCAGACUGGUCUCCUUUCCACUGCCAUAAAUCUGCUUCAUUCUUUUGCAUCAGUAAGUUGAUGAGUCAUUUCCAUGUUGUGCAUUUGGGGGCAGUAUCAAAGAUUUCCCUCUAUCCUGUCAGCGCUUAAUGAGCUACCGUGGUGAUGAUUCUGUUGAAGAUUCAUUAAGCACCUUCCUGCUUCCUCUGCUGUACUAUCAUAGUUGUGGUAAUAAACUCGAGUGUUUUGUGAUGGCCUUAGAAUUGUCUUCUCUCAAGGACUUAGAAUUAAAUAUUCACUCUAACACUUAGAUUUGUCUUCAUUCUAGGACUGUAUUGGGCACUGGAGCAGUCAGAAAUAGUCUCCCAGCCCCAUUGCUUGUGUCCAGAGGGUUUGGGGGAGGUUGGGAAAUAGUGUUCUUAACUUUUAUAGAGAAUGAUCCUCUACUACUGCCUUCUUGUAAGACUAAUUCCUCAAAGGGAAAGGAGGUACCAGGGGAACAACAGCCAAAAGCAACUGUUUGAUUAGUCUUCUUUCCCUUAUAAUGCUGAUAAUACAAUAUACUAGUAUUAAUAACUUUAAUGUUUGGAUGGCUCUGGGUUUCCAGCACGAAUUUCUGCUAACCUGUUUUUUUGGUCUGUGAAACAGUCAAGUAUUUUUAUAUAAUAAAAUAUAAAAUGUAUCUUCUCGGGA